CAUCAUCAACGACGUCUUUUUCAACAACAGUAAGCUCUUCGACGCAGCUAAUUGUUACUACGCCAUCUUCCUCAGGUAGCCCCCAUUUUCUGGUCGUGCCGUUGAUCGUAUUGGGUACUGUUAUUGUUGUUGUUGUUGCUGCACUGAUCGUCGCCUGUGUACUCGUCAGAGUGAGGCGCAAAAAGGCCUGUUACAAAUUUAAGAUUAAUAAAAAGGGGAAAAAAAAAUUUAACCAGCAAAUGAAGACACUAGAAGGCAAUAAACGGAUAAAUUCCACUGACGUUGUUGAUGAUGGUGAACUCAUAGAAGUUAAUAGUCGUAGUGAAUAUGCUCCUGACCAUGGUGAUGGUAAUGGUGAAGAAAAAAAUUGUGACGACUGUAGAGUAAUAAGUAGUGGCAAUGAUGCUGGUGGUUUUGGUAACAUAAAUGAUGACAGUGAUGGAGGAAAUAAUGGAGGUAAAGAAAAUAUUGGUUACAGUGAUAUUGGCGAUGAUGCUGGUGGUUUUGGAAACAUAAAUGAUGACGGUGAUGGAGGAAAUAAUGGUGGUAAAGAAAAUAUUGGUUACAGUGAUAUUGGCGAUGAUGCUGGUGGUUUUGGAAACAUAAAUGAUGACGUUGAUGAAGGAAAUAAUGGUGGUAAAGAAAAUAUUGGUUAUAGUGAUAUUGGUGAGAAAGAUGAUAGCUUGGUAGUAGAAGACAAUGAUGUUUUUGGGGAGACUGUUUGUGCUGAUGGUGUAGAGAUGAUUGAUGAUUGUGGUGCCACAAACAUUACUGAUUGCGCGGGGGAAGAAACUAAUGCCAUCGCUGUUGAAAAGAACUUAAAUGAUUAUAAUGGUAAAGAGUGAAUGAUGUUUGUGUUUUGGAUUGAGAAACGUGUUGUAGAUAUUAAAGGCAAUGAAAAAACGAUGUGGGAGAUGAUUCUGAAUGACGAAAAUGGCGUGGAUUAAAGAUAAAAUGGCGAUGCAGAUGAUAAUGAUGUCUAUUUUGAAGGUGGAAAAGAUGUU